UUGAAGAAUGCUAUUCACUUAGCUCUGAUACAGCUGCUGGUCAAUACAACUGCUGUCAGUGUUUUAUCUGCUACUUGUUCAUGAGCAGGAAGUAACAGAAACUACUGGUAUCUGUCUCUACAGGUGUGUUCAGCCUGUAUGACCAUAUCGGGAACACGGAAACCGCGCACCUGUAGGCUGACGUCACACGCUGAAAGUACCUGCAGCAACUCGUCCAGCUGAACUCAGUCAGUAACUGAAUCUACCUUCACGAGAGAAGACAAAGAAGCCACGACGAAAAGUCGCAAAGGAAUAUAUAUUUUAAAAUCACCUCGCAAUUCAGUGGUUUUCUACUUUCAUUGCAAGGACUAUAGAAAUAGGGUUUACAGACAGAUGGGUACCGGCCGGGUCGCGGUUUUGGGCAUUUUAAUCGUCGUUUUUCUGGCCUCAUCUUUAUUGACUACUAAGGCGUCAACAUGUGUGCCUGGAUUCAAGUCGGAUGUGUUGAUUUUCCGGGUGUUCAGGAAGCACCUGAAGCAGGGCACGACACUGGGAAAAGUGGGCUUCUCUGACUGCACAGGCCGCACAAAAUUUCUUUUCAGCACCGAUAACAGCCAUUUCAAAGUACAGACAGAUGGCAUGUUGAAGGUAAAAAGACCAGCUGAUAUUCAUGGACACCGGGAAUUCUUUAUCCACUCCUGGGACUCACAAGGUCACAAAAUGAGUGUUCUUGUCAGAGUAGUGCACCAUGGGCAUCACCAUGGGAACCACCACCAUAAUGUCAAGCAUCACCAUGGAGAACGCAAACACCACAACCAUCAGCACCACCACACUGAAGUGGACUCUGCUAAUAACACAGAGGUGCCCAUUCUGAAUUUUCCCAAGACUGGUGAAGGGCUGAUAAGGAGGAAGAGAGACUGGGUUAUUCCUGAAUUAAAAGUUACUGAGAAUGACAGAGGACCCUACCCCCUACUAGUAGCUCAAAUCCGUUCUAAUGAGGAUAAAAUACAGAAGAUCCUCUACAGCAUCACUGGUCCAGGAGCCAGUGAGGAUCCUGUUGACCUUUUCACCAUGACCAAAAACACUGGUAAUCUGUAUCUCACACAACCGCUGGACAGAGAAUUAAUAGACAAGUACAUGUUUAAAGCACAUGCUGUGGCAGAAGGUGCAGGAACUGCCGAAGCGCCUAUGGACAUUAUAGUGAAAGUAACUGACCAGAAUGACAACAAACCAACUUUUGCUCAAGACACCUUCCUGGGAGAAGUUGCUGAGGCCUCGCCAAAAGGUUACGAGGUGAUUAAGGUUGUGGCCACAGAUAUUGACGAGCCAAAUACUGACGCCUCAGAUAUUCGCUACCGUAUUUUGAGCCAGGAUCCAGAUUUGCCCAACGAAUAUAUGUUUGUCAUCAACCCAGUCACUGGAGCCAUCCGGCUCAAUGCCGGCGGGCUUGACAGAGAGAAAUAUCCAAAGUACACUCUAGUGGUUCAAGUAGCAGACCUGAUGGGAGAAGGGUUGACUAGGGAAGCAAAAGUAAUCCUUACUGUCACAGAUAGCAACGACAAUGCUCCGGCCUUCACUCAGCCUUCCUAUGCGGCAUCUGUUCAAGAAAAUGCAGUGGACGCUCAUGUCGUUAGGAUGUUGGUCACAGAUGGUGACGAGCCACUUUCCCCAGCCUGGAACGCCAAGUUCACGAUUAUCAAUGGUGAUCCUGGAGGACAUUUCACUGUGAAAACAGGAAGUAACAAACAUGAAGGAAUCAUUUCUACUGCCAAGGGUCUUGACUUUGAGAGGAGCACCACGCACACUCUGUUGGUUGCAGUGGAGAAUGAGGUUCCUUUUGCUACUCCAUUGCCCACUGCCACUGCCACAGUGGUGGUGAGUGUGCUGGACGUCAAUGAAGCUCCAAUCUUUGAUCCAAUAGAAAAACAUGUGUCAAAACGGGAGGACCUUGCACCGGGCGGUGAUGUGGUGCAGUACACUGCUUCUGACCCAGACACUGCACGCAAACAGACAGUCAAGUAUAGAAUAAUUCGAGACCCUGCCGGAUGGCUGAAUGUGUCAGACAUGGGCCUGAUUAAAGUACGAAAGGGCAUGGAUAGAGAGGCCCUCUUCGUCAAGGACAACAAAUACACAGUACUCAUUGGUGCAUAUGACAAUGAUGAUGUCCCAGCCACAGGAACUGGUACACUAAUAAUCCAGCUUGAAGAUGUCAAUGACAAUGCACCCACCAUUGAGGAACGUUCAAUCAAGGUGUGUCACAAGGAAUCGGCUCCUCAGCUGCUGUCGGUGACGGAUAAAGAUGGACCGGGCUUUGCUGCUCCAUACAGCGUCUCAUUACAGGGCAUAUCGAAGACUAACUGGACCGCUAGGAUGAACGAUUCCAGAACUGGCAUCAUCCUGAAUUUAGCCACUGAGCUAGAAAGUGGAGAGUACACUGUGGUCCUCAGGGUUUCAGACAACCACGGCGAGGCACAGGACAGCACCGUCCAGGCCACAGUUUGUGACUGCACCGGGGAAGAAGUGAUCUGCAAAGGGCGUGUGGCAGGUGGCACUGAACUGCCCGUAAUCCUGGGAAUACUGGGAGGCAUCCUGUUGCUGCUCAUGCUCGUGUUGCUGCUGCUGCUUUUCGCGAGACGGAGGAGAGGAGAGCAGAAGGUACCUCUACUGCAAGACGACGACAUCAGAGACAACGUCUACUACUAUGAUGAAGAGGGCGGCGGGGAGGAUGAUCAGGACUAUGAUCUUGGUGUUCUCCACCGUGGUCUUGACAACCGGCCCGAGGUGUUCAGAAAUGACGUGGUGCCAAACUUCAUGCCGGCUCCUCAGUACCGGCCUCGGCCCGCCAACCCAGAGGAAAUCGGCAACUUCAUCGACGAUAACCUGAAGGCAGCCGACAACGACCCGACCGCACCCCCUUACGACUCCCUGCUGGUGUUCGACUAUGAAGGAGGCGGCUCUGACGCAGGAAGCCUCUCCUCUCUGAACUCGUCUUGCAGCGGAGACCAGGACUACAACUGCCUCAAUGAGUGGGGAUCCCGCUUCAAGAAACUGGCCGACAUGUACGGAGGAGGAGAAGAUGACGAUGACGACAUGAUGUAAAUGUCCCAAAGGGAAAGUAAUAUGGCUGUGUGAAUGUUAGAUUGAUGCAAGCAUGGACUGGUGAAUGACUGCAUCCCAGGGAAAUUAUAGUGCAGCCAGACAUCGGUAGGCCCACAGAUGUUGUUUUCUGUGUGGGGAUUGAGGUUUGUUGUCAAUUCAGUCCUGUCAGCAGUUACCAGCCACUGCUCGGAAGCCAAAGAAUGAGUUUUUUUUUUAGUUGUUUUUUUUAUACAUGAGUUCUUUCUGCCUGUCUUUUAAAACCCUGUUUAGUUCUAUGCUAAAGACUAACUUUGCCUUUUGUAAACGUUCUGUUCAUUGAGACGUGGAGCCACGCAUCAGUCUCGAUGGUGAUUCACAGAUAUUUCAGCCUGUGUUGUAGCUUACUGGGCGACACUGGACACUUGCAGUUGCACUGGUAACAUUUGUGUAUUUUUGGCAAUGUAUGGUACUUUUAUGGAGUUUGUACUACUGCUUCAAUUAGAUUUUUUUUUUUUAGAUGUUUUAUAUUUGAGUAAUGAAAUUUUAAAUGAUCAAGGGAAAUCAGGUAGCUAGCCAACACAUCACCCACUGAGGGCAGAGUUCAAUGCAUUAUGAAUGAAUGCUUCUUAAGAUGCUUGAUUAGUGUCUGUUCAGUUGGCAUCUUAAUUACAUUGUAAUGUCAAAACACUUUUUGCCGUUGCCUUCAGUGGUACUUUUUUUUGCAAAUGCUUUGUUAAUUUUGAAUUUGUUUAUAAAGUUAUCUUAAUGCAAUAAUGGA